GCCCGGACCCCCCGCGGGAACAGGCGGCGGGAGUGACUGCGAGACGGCGGCUGCGGCAGACGGAGAGCAGCGGCUGCCGGGAUACUGUCCUCAGCCUUUUCUUCAAGGUUUUUAUCGUGAAUUAUUGCGUGUCAGACUGGACAAGGUAUCAUAUUUGAAGUUUCACCAGUUGAUAAAUUGGAGAAUUCCAGGCUACUGAAAAGACGGUGCUUUAAGACCUGGAGAUGUGAAUAAGACUCCUGUGCCAGGGCUCAAGAACCACUUUGAGAAUCCCACCAAAAUACCAUAUUACAUUUAGUCAUCGUGUCUCUUUAGGCUCCUCUUAGCUGUGACAGCUUCUUAGACGGUCCUUGUUUUGAUGAUCAUGUCAGUUUUGAGGAGAACUGAUCAGCUAUUUCAUUUAGGCAUUGGGUUUCCUUCACUCAGACUUCAAAUUCAAACCUUUUGGCUUUAAAGACGGAGAUUGUAAGACAAACAGGACAAGCAUGCUUUGUGGUGAUGAUAAAAAAUGACUGUGGUGUUGGAAGACCAUUACUACUGGAAGGCUGGUUAGCAUACAUUUCCUAAGAGAAACCUGACCACCAUUUUGCUCUGGCAUGGCGAAAAGCAGUCCACAGCUUGAUAUGCAGGUUCUCCUUGACCUCCGACAACGUUUCCCUGAGAUUCCAGAGGGUGUGGUAUCUCAGUGCAUGUUACAGAAUAACAACAAUCUUGAAGCCUGUUGCCGAGCCCUUUCCCAGGAGAGUAGCAAAUACUUAUAUAUGGAAUACCAUAGUCCAGAUGACAACAGGAUGAAUAGGAAUCGCCUUUUGCAUAUUAACCUGGGUAUCCAUUCUCCUAGUAGCUACCACCCAGGAGAUGGAGUGCAACUUAAUGGUGGUCGAACACUGGUACAUAGUUCAAGUGAUGGACAUAUUGAUCCACAGCAUGCAGCAGGUAAACAGCUGAUACACUUAGUUCCGGAACCACACUCAGCCCCAGCUGUUGUGGCUGCUACUCCCAACUACAAUCCAUUUUUUAUGAAUGAACAGAACAGAAGUGCAGCUACUCCUCCUUCACAGCCACCUCAACAGCCAUCUUCCAUGCAAGCAGGAAUGAAUCCAUCUGCUAUGCAGGGGCCUUCACCACCACCGCCACCUCCUUCAUACAUGCACAUACCUCGGUAUAGUACAAAUCCAAUUACUGUUACAGUAUCCCAAAACCUCCCUUCUGGACAGACUGUACCAAGAGCUUUACAAAUUCUUCCACAAAUUCCAAGCAAUCUCUAUGGGUCGCCUGGUUCUAUUUAUAUUCGACAGACAUCUCAGAGUCCAUCCGGAAGACGAACUCCUCAGAAUACACCAUGGCAGUCCUCACCACAGGGCCCAGUGUCUCAUUAUAGCCAACGUCCUUUACCUGUUUAUCCACAUCAACAGAACUAUCAACCUUCUCAGUAUUCUCCCAAACAACAACAGAUCCCUCAACCUGCUUACCAUUCGCCACCUCCUUCGCAGUGUCCUUCACCCUUCAGCUCUCCACAGCAUCAAGUGCAACCUUCACAGUUGGGCCACCCGAGUUCUCACAUCUUUAUGCCACCUAGUCCUUCAACUACUCCACCUCAUCCAUAUCAACAAGGACCUCCUAGCUAUCACAAACAGGGAAACCACUCAGUAGCUUAUCUCCCGUACACAACAUCUAGCUUACCCAAAGGAUCCAUGAAGAAGAUAGAAAUUACAGUUGAACCCUCUCAAAGGAGUCCUUCGCCUAUCAGUAAUCAGCCGUCUCCACGGAAUCAGCAUUCAAUGUACACAGCCACCACUCCACCUUCAAGUUCUCCUUCAAGAGGGAUAUCCGGUCAACCAAAACCUCCAUUUAGUGUUAAUCCUGUGUAUAUUACAUAUACACAGCCAAGUGGACCUUCAUGCGCUCCAUCACCAUCUCCUCGGGUGAUACCAAACCCAACUACAGUUUUUAAAAUUACCGUAGGCCGAGCAACGACUGAAAAUCUUUUAAAUUUAGUGGACCAAGAAGAACCUUCUGAAGCCCCAGAACCUAUUCAACCCAUUUCAGUGAUACCAGGCUCGGGGGGAGAAAAGGGAAGCCUUAAAUAUCACAGGAGUUCUAGUUCUGGAUCAGAUGAUUAUGCCUAUACACAAGAAAAGAAGAAAAAAAAAAGAAGUUGGAUUGGUAAUGUUGCCUUGCUGUUACAUCAGCGAGCAAGGAUGGAGAGGUUAGCAAAGCAACUGAAACUUGAGAAAGAGGAGCUAGAGCGAUUGAAGGCUGAAGUUAACAGUAUGGAGCAUGACCUAAUGCAGAGACGGCUCAGAAGGGUCAGCUGCACCACUCCAAUACCAACGCCUGAGGAAAUGACAAGAUUGAGAAGCAUGAACAGACAACUCCAGAUAAAUGUUGACUGUACACUGAAAGAAGUUGACCUCCUUCAAUCUAGAGGAAACUUUGACCCAAAGGCCAUGAAUAAUUUUUAUGACAACAUAGAACCUGGCCCAGUGGUACCACCCAAGCCAUCUAAAAAAGACUCAUCAGACCCCUGCACAAUUGAGAGGAAAGCCCGAAGAAUUAGCGUGACCUCCAAAGUACAGGCCGACGUCCAUGACACCCAGGCAGUAGCUGCAGAUGAGCAUCUAGCUGGCUCCAAACAGAGUACUCAGACACAACCCCGAGAUGAAGACUAUGAAGGGGCCCCAUGGAAUUGUGACAGCUGCACCUUUCUGAACCACCCAGCACUAAAUCGCUGUGAGCAGUGUGAGAUGCCCCGGUACACCUGAGUUCAGAAGAGCUUGCACCAGGCUGACAGUGAAACUGAGCACCCAUUAGAAGGAAAGGAGACCGUGGGAAUCUUCAUCUGUCCAGCCUUUUCAUUUCAGAUUACAUAGGGGGAGGAGGAACGGCACUCUAGCUGCCUGUGCUCACUACAGGAAAAAUGGGGAGGGUUUUUUUUUUCUCUUCCCUUUCUUAACUCAUUACUGAUCGAGAGAUAGAAAGGGAUACUUGAAACUGGGAAAAGAUUCACUCCUGAAAGAAUGUACACAGAGAAGUCAAGAACUCUUCUGUGGAAUCCCAAUUGUUUAAGUUACUGCUGAGUGGCCCUUAUUUUAUAAACUAGAACUUUGAAUCAUAGUGUGACAUGUUACAGUUUAUGCAGACAAACUGUGAAUUCCCAGAGCAGACUUACCUGGUCACAGCUCUCUGGAAAACCAAGGCUCCCCAUGCUUUAUCCCAUUGCUUCCUACUGAAGAGAAGGACAGGGAAAAGCACUCAGAAUAUGAUUUGGGGGUGGGGGAGGGCAAAAUAAUAAGGGUAUUUGUAAUUGCUGCUUUUUUCAGGGGUAAUUUCCAACACCCAAGAUGCUAUAAAAUGUGAUUUGCAGUAGUCAGGAAUUAAGCAGAUUGUGCCCGUUGUCAAAAGUACAAUCAGAGGUGAUAAGAUCCCUUUUGCUUGUACAAUGAUUCAUCAACCUGUAUCAACACUGGUAACUAAGACCUAAUUAUGCCACAUAAUAGAUAUAUUUUUUAAGUUACUGCAUGCUUUUAUUAGGUCAUUGGUUUUAAAAAUAAGUCCUUACAAAGUAUGAUUUUAUGAAUGACCUUCUCGUAAAGCUGUGCUUUGCUGGUAGCACAGUGAAUGUACGCCAAAUGUAAAUCCAUUCCAAAACCCAUUUGGAAGUCUUGAUCUCAGCAGUGCAUAGGGCCUUUUUUUUUUUUUUUGCCCCCUCCUUUCAGUUUUGUGAGGAAUUCCUGAUGUUUACAGCACAGAUAAUACUUUGUGCCAUAAUCCUAACUUAGCUGAAAAAAAUUAAUAUCAGUUCAGUAAAUAUUUAUUUGCACAUACAUUAAUAAACCAGUGAGGGAAAUUACAGUUGGCCAAUAUCAUAAAGUUGCACACUGCAUUAUUUGGGGAGGAAGAGAAGGCUAGUCAAGAAAUAUGAUUAAGAAUAAGGUGAAUACAAAGGACUUUGAAACUAAGAAAAUUUCAAAUUGAACAUGCUGUAUUCCGAAAUAACAUUGAGUUUGUUCCAAGUAGUUCAGCUGAUUCUGAAGCACUCCUUCUUUAUUAAACUUAGAAUUUUAGGGUGUGCAUAACUGAAGAGAUAUAAAAUCGUGUCAUUCACUAGACUGCACCACUGGAAAAUUAUUACUAAGACAUUGAAUUAAGGUCUCUACCAUCUUGGAGAAUUGGAUUUUGGAAUCUCCCUUUUUUGUGUAAAUAUAAACAGCAAUACAAUCGGUAGUUGUUCUAAUCCUUCAGGUUUUUACCUGAGGUUACAACUUUACGAAUAUCCCCCCCCCACACACACACACAUACACACACUUCAAGAUGUUGCUGUAUUCUAAUUCGGCAGUAAUCUCAGGCAGACCUGGAAACAUAAGCUGUACUUACUAGCAUAAUGAAACCAAAG